AUGAAGAAGAUGGCUAUUAUAUUUUCAAUGUUAUUAUUAUUAAACUUUAUAUUAAUCUCUAAAUCAGAUCAACUCACCGAUUUAAUAGACAGUUUAAUUACUGGAGCAAGUAAAGAUAAAAUAAAUAACAUUAUAAAUUAUCUAAGAAAUCUUCUUAAUGGAAUUCUGGAUUUGUCUUAUCAAGAACUUUACAAUCUUGUAGAAGUUUUAAAUUUACUAAAUAGUAUGGGCAUAAAAGUAACUGAAGAAAAGCUCAAGCUAACUGCUCAAAAUGUAGUUUUAAUUAAUGGACUAACUAAUGGAAUAUGGACAGCUAAAUUGGGGUACUUCAGUCUUUUACCAGACGAGUAUCAAAAGAGACUUUCUGGGGUUACUGAUAUUGAAAUGGAAACUAUAACUGGAAUACAAAUAAUAAGAAACAGAAGACAAACAUCAAAUUCUACUAAAAAAUGCAACUACACAACAGAAUUUGAUGUUCGCGAUAAAUGGCCAAAAUGUUCUCCUUUCCUCAAUCACGUACCUGAUCAAGCUUUUUGUGGUUGUUGUUGGGCUAUGUCAACUGCUUCCGCCUACACAGAUCGACAUUGUAUUGAGCGUGAUAAGAUGGGCCUGAGCACAUUACGUACUGCAAAUACUAUAUUUUCGUCGUAUGAAUUGCUUUCUUGUACAUCUGAAUACACAUCUAAUUCAUCUAAGUACAAAUCUACUUAUGACUGUAGAGGGGGCUCACCUUACAAAGCUUGGGAAUUGAUAAAAGUCAAUGGAAUUUGUACAGGAUCUGAUUACUUAGGUGAAGGUGGCUGCAAACCCUAUCCGUUUGGACCUAAAAACUCAUUCCCCAUUCUCAAAGAUUGCUAUAAUAAGUGUACCAACAAAACCUGGGGAGUACCUUAUGAUGCUGAUAGAAAGAAUUAUGUAACAUCUACUGGCACAUUAAAAGGAGAACAGGCUAUCAAAGACGAACUUAAUAAGAAUGGACCUGUAGUUGCUAUCUAUAAUGUCUAUAAGGAUUUUUAUUUUUACGCAAGUGGGGAGGAUGGAGUUUACUUUGUAAUAACGUUAUCGAGCAAAACAUGCACGAACAUUGCACUAACUGAUCACUAUCUUCCGGUGUGGGAUAUAUGGGAUUGGGGCGACAAAAAUAAUUUCUUACGUGUUUACAUUUGUUCUAAAACAUAA